AUGGCAGACAUCGAAGCCGAUGAGAAAUCCGUCCCCAUUCAAACCCCCCCUGGAGGCCGUUCAGUCUCACCAGUCGACCUGGACGAAAAACGUCGUGCUGCCGUCACUUCGAACAAAACAUCUGCCACAAUCCUGGCCCACAGCAAAGAUGCCGACGAGGCCAUGAAGGCGUUUGAAACCGGCGAAAUCGUCGAAGUUGAUGAAGCCACCAGCAAACGACUCCUGCGCAUCAUUGACUGGCAUUUAAUGCCACUCAUGUGCGUCGUUUACGGUCUGAAUUACCUCGACAAAACCACCCUGUCUUAUGCCAGUAUCAUGGGUAUCAAAAAGGACAUCAACCUCCAAGGCGACGAUUAUCAAUGGCUCGGCAGCAUGUUUUACUUUGGUUAUCUGGCCUGGGAGUAUCCCACGAACCGACUCUUACAAAGAUUACCUCUUGCCAAAUACUCUGCCUUCUGCGUCGUGGCCUGGGGCACCGUUCUGGCUUUGUUCGCUACUGUAUCCGACUUUGGAGGCGCCGUGGCAAUCAGAUUCUUCCUCGGCGUCUUCGAAUCAGCAGUGACUCCCGGGUUCGCCCUCUUUACAUCCCAAUGGUACACGAAGCGCGAACAAGGCACGCGCACCGGCUUCUGGUUCUCGUUCAACGGCUUCGGGCAGAUCUUUGGCGGCCUCGUCGCGUACGGCAUCGCUGUCGGCGCCCGGAAGCACGGCGCGGCCAUUGCCCCAUGGAAGAUUGUGUUUUUGGUUAAUGGCUGUCUCACGGCCGCACUGGGCAUCGUGUUUUUCUUCGUCAUGCCCGAUAAUCAGCUGAAUGCGCACUGGUUGAAGCCGAGAGACCGCGUGCUGGCCGUCGAGCGUGUCCGCGUCAAUCAGCAGGGCAUCGGCAAUAAGCAUUUCAAAAUGUACCAGUUGAAGGAAGCCCUGUUGGACCCUUUGACGUGGGCGUUCACUUUUUAUGCCCUGACGGCGGACAUCCCGAAUGGGGGAAUCAGCAAUUUCUUCUCCCAGUUGAUCGUCUCCUUUGGCUAUACUCCCGAAGAAUCCUUAUUGUACGGCACACCUGGCGGGGCCGUCGAAGUGGUCGCCCUCAUGUUCUGCGGCUGGCUAGGCGACCGUCUCGGCCAGCGCAUUUUGGUAUCAAUGUCCGGCCUCACUCUCGCGCUUCUCGGCAUGAUCCUGAUCGUCGCCCUGCCCCUCGACAAUAACUCCGGUCGUCUUGCGGGCUACUAUCUCACGCAAGCUUCGCCGACCCCGUUCGUCGCAUUGCUCUCGCUCAUCUCCUCAAAUGUCGCGGGAUAUACAAAAAAGACCACCGUCGCGGCCCUGUACCUCGUUGCUUACUGUGUCGGUAACAUCAUCGGACCUCAAACGUUCCGUCCAAAAGAUGCUCCGAGAUACAAGCCGGCAGAGAUCACGAUUAUCGUUUGCUGGGGGGCGUGCUUGAUUGAUCUGGUGUUUAUUUACUGGUACUGUAAGCGGAUGAAUCAGCUGAAAGCCAAAGCUCGGGCGGAGCCGGGAUACAUCAAGUUGGAGAAUCAGGAGUAA